GUUGGAGUAAACACUAACUCCUCCUUCCCGGUGACAGGCGGCAACACUGAAGCGUCGCCUCGCCUUUUCCAACCCAAUCUACGCUCAGGACUUAAUGUCGAUGCCAUUAAGGUGGUGAGCAGUGUCACUUUAAGGCUAGCAGUGCCAUGCUGGCUGCUGCUCGGUGAUCCCCUGGAAGUGAAGCGCUGAGACCCGUAACUCACCUCCGCCUGGAUUCAAGGAUUUUCUCUCAUCACUGGGCUGUGUGAGCGGACCUCACUCCCAGCUUCUGUCCAACCUCUCGCUGCAGAAGACGACGACGACAAUGUGACUAUUGGACUCUGUCAGAACCAUGUGAGCUGCUAUUAUGGAUCUGAGAAUCAGCAUACAUUGAAUCAGCACUCAUCCAGUCACAAUGGUCCUACUUCUGUUUUUGGUGGCAACCACAACAACAUCCAAUUCCACCAGCAAUGGCAACCAUACAAAAGAAGACGUUUCUUCCCCCAGCCACCACAUCCUCCCCAUCGUGCUGGUCUUGUCCCUGCUGCUGCUCAUCAUCGCACUGCUAGCCUGGUACUUCCUCAGGUUAAAAAACCAGAGAAAAGCAGUCGUCACAACAGUCGACAAGAAGAUACCAAAUGGCAUCCUGGAGGAACAAGAGUUUGGAUACAGUACUGAGUCGUUACACACCAUUGUGCCACCAGAGCAACAGACGGUGGUCCUUCUGCCCCGAUCCCCGUCAGCCUCUAAGACCUACUUCCCCAUCCCAGUGGACCAACUUGAGGAGGAGUACAGGCUCCGCUCAGCUGACGAUGGCAAACUCUUCAGAGAGGAGUACAAUUCCUUGCCAGGAGGUAGUGCCCACGGGACAUACGAGGAGGCAAACAAGGAUGAAAACAAGGAGAAAAACCGAUACCCCAACAUCCUUCCUUAUGAUCAUUCCAGAGUGGUGUUGACUCAGCUUGAUGGAAAUCCCUGUUCGGACUACGUGAAUGCUUCAUACAUUGAUGGUUACACAGAAAAAAACAAAUUCAUAGCAGCACAAGGCCCAAAAGAAGAGACCGUGGCAGAUUUCUGGAGGAUGAUAUGGGAGCAGAAAGUUGCGACUGUUGUCAUGCUGACAAAUCUGAAAGAAAGAAAAGAAGACAAGUGUUACCAGUACUGGCCGGAUCAGGGCUGUUGGACCUACGGGAAGAUGAGGGUGGCAGUAGAAGACUUCACCGUUCUCGUGGACUACACGAUACGCAAGUUCUGUAUACAAUAUCAAGCCAGUGAUGCCUCUAAGACUCCCAGGCUGGUCACCCAGCUUCACUUCACCAGCUGGCCCGACUUCGGAGUUCCUUUCUCCCCCAUCGGCAUGCUCAAGUUCCUCAAAAAGGUCAAGGCGGUUAAUCCGCCCUUCUCUGGGCCUAUCGUCGUCCACUGCAGCGCCGGCGUCGGGAGGACGGGAACCUUCAUCGUAAUAGACGCCAUGAUCGAAACAAUGCACGCAGAGCAGAAAGUUGACGUGUUUGGGUUUGUGGCCAAGAUACGAGAGCAGCGCUCACAGCUCAUUCAGACGGAUAUGCAGUACUCAUUCAUCUACCAGGCCUUGCUUGAAUACUACCUCUACGGAGACACGGAGCUGGACGUGUCGUCUCUGGAAGGACAUUUGCACAAAUUGCACAACACCUUUGCAGACGGCGACCGGGUGGGCCUAGAGGAAGAGUUUAAGAAACUGACCAACAUGCGAAUAAUGAAGGAGAACAUGAGAAUGGGGAACCUUCCAGCCAACAUGAAGAAGAACAGAGUUCUGCAAAUUAUUCCAUAUGACUUUAACAGAGUUAUUCUCUCCAUGAGAAGAGGGCAGGAGUAUACCGAUUUCAUCAACGCAUCUUUUAUAGACGGCUACAGACAGAAGGACUACUUCAUCGCCACCCAGGGCCCUUUAACGCACACGGUAGAGGAUUUCUGGAGAAUGGUGUGGGAAUGGAAAUGUCACUCAAUUGUCAUGCUCACCGAGCUCCAGGAGAGGGAGCAGGACAAAUGUUGUCAAUACUGGCCCGCGGAGGACUCUGUCACCUACGGAGACUACACGGUAGAGUUGAAGGGAGACACUUUGUGCGACACCUUCAGUCUACGAGACUUGGUACUCACCUUUGUCCCGGAGAAGCAGAUGAGGGUGAUCAGGCACUUCCACUUCCACGGCUGGCCGGAGGUCGGCAUCCCAGCCGAGGGGAAAGGCAUGAUCGACAUCAUCGCCUCGGUGCAGAGACAGCAGCAGCAGUCUGGGAACCAUCCCAUCGUCGUACACUGCAGUGCUGGUGCAGGGCGAACAGGUACGUUCAUUGCACUGAGCAAUAUCCUGGAGCGAGUCAAGGCAGAAGGGCUGCUGGACGUGUUCCAAACUGUGAAGAGUUUACGCAUGCAGAGGCCUCAUAUGGUCCAAACUGUGGAACAAUAUGACUUCUGCUACAGGGUGGUACAGGACUUUGUCGACAUUUUCUCAGACUAUGCCAAUUUUAAAUGAUGAGAUUUGCCUUAAUCGUGGUUUUUAAUGUUUUCGAAAGCCGGUUUGUCAGUUGUUUUUUUUUACUUGGUCAAAUGAUCUAUUUUGCUAUGCACUUGUCCCGCCGUUAACUCCGUCCUGGCUGUAAUAUACUGUAUGUCAGUGGAUGAACAUUGUAAAUGAAAAAAAGUUAGAUUAAUGUAUAUUUCACAUCAUGUAUGAUAAUUUUUGUCAUCAAGUGUUGUUUUACACUUAUUUCACUUUUGUUGUAUAAUACUGUAUUUGAAAUGUUUAUCUAAAUGUUAUUUUGGAUUGACCAUGUCAUUUGAAAAGUUGUACUUAUUGUAAAUGUAUUUAUGUAUCAACGAUGACAUUCUAUUCUUGAGUUUUGGAGAACACAACGCGAAUGUUAAGAGUUUUAUGUCAUCAUACAGUACGUCAUUGCAUUUAUUGAUGACUUCUGAGAUUAGAGGCGAUAUUGAAACUACAUGCCCAUUGCACAUGCAAUACUCUUUCCAAUAGAAAUAUUGUCAGAAAAAGAACUGAUCCCUUAAGCCGUAAUGAAGAGAACGUAAAGUUAAGCAACAGAGGCCAAGGUGAAGACGCGGGGGUCGGGCAGAAGGUUUACAGUUAAGACGUAUUGCAAAGUCGUGAAAUACCGUUACAUUGUUUUUGUACCUCAUAAAAGUGGUAUGCGACUGCAUUUAACAUGGAUAUUAAGUCUGCCUUUUGUCUUUAGAUGGUAAAAAGUAUUUUAUUAAAAUGACUGCACAUCAAAAAGCACACAUAACUAAGCCAAGAACCUGCAAUAUUCACCGGUAUGUUUAUUGCUUUUCUACCUCUGCCAAGGAGGUUAUUUGUAUUAGACAUUUUUCAAAAACUUUAAGACGUGAAAAAGUAGUACGUCUCUAAGGUAAAAGGCCGAGCGUUGAAAGGUGAUUUUAUGGAAAGGCAAGUGUGGUCGCUAAACGCAGUAGUCAGUACCAUUUCAUGACAACCUGCGUCAGAUGCAGUUAACGCAGUAAAGUAUUAAGUGUAACAAUAGACAACUUCUGUAAUGGCAAAAACCACAAUACGCACAUGUGUUACAGUGCCUGCUUAAUAUCAGAGCGACAAACACACCCCUGUCGACAUACUAUCAACGUUUAGUUACUUAAUCUCUCAGAAUACGUUAAUUUAUUAUAGAUUUUUUUUAAACAUACAUCACAAUAAGGAAGCAGAAUGUUUAAAUGAUAGCAUCUUAAUGUGAAUCUGCUUGUCUGUGCGGCAGUAACCCCCAUCCAUCUGGAACUUCAACAUUAAACCAAACAUUUGAAAUAA